AUGCUUCCUCCGAUUCCCAGGGUCGAAGACUAUGGCAUCUCCCCAGAAAAAGGCUUCCUCCCUUCCGAGCUGCCCCUCCACUGCCUGUCGCACCCUGUGUACGACCGCUGGGAGCGGAUCAUCAACAACUUCCAGUCGUUGUUGCUGUCGAAAAGAUUAAGAGCUGUCAUCGAUAAAUUGCCCGUCAUCCCCGCAGUACACCUUGAGAACGAGGCCGAAUGGCGCAGAGCAUAUACUGUUUUGACAUUUUUGGCGCAUGGCUACAUCUGGGGCGGGGAUAAACCUUCAGAGCGAUUGCCGCCAUCGAUCACCUACCCUCUCCUACAAGUGUCUGAAUAUCUGGAGCUCCCUCCAGUCGCCACCUACGCUGGGCUGGUCCUGUGGAAUUGGAAACCGCUUUUCUUUGCCGACCAUCUCGCCUUGGAAAACCUAUCCACUUUGCUCACCUUCACAGGUUCGCUGGACGAACAGUGGUUUUACCUGGUCAGUGUGGCCAUGGAGGCAAAAGGAGGCCCCUCAAUACCCCUCAUGCUGAAGGCGAUCCAAGCUGCCCGAGACAAUGAUGUGGAAACAGUCACAAAAUCUCUCCAGUCAUUUGCCCAAACGCUGGACGAACUGGGCACGCUGCUAGUGAGGAUGUACGACAGCUGCGACCCCCACGUGUUCUAUAACCGCAUCAGGCCGUUUCUGGCAGGAAGCAAAAACAUGAAAGACGCUGGUCUACCACACGGCGUGUUUUACGACGAUGGCAGCAGGCAAUCAAGGUGGCGGCAAUACGGCGGCGGCUCCAAUGCGCAAAGCAGCAUGAUCCAGUUUUUCGACAUUGUGCUCGGGGUCGAGCACAGACCUACCGGGUCCAAAAAGGACGAGACCUCGGAAUCGGAGGCCGAACCAGGAGCAGCCCCCAAACCCCGACACAACUUCAUUCACGAGAUGAGACAGUACAUGCCUGGGCCCCAUCGAAGGUUUUUGCAAGCGGUGGAAGGAGUGGCUAAUAUUCGAGAUUUCGUCGAGUACAACAAAUCGAAUCAACAGUUGACGGUAUCAUAUGACGCAUGUCUUGCCAUGCUUCGAGCUCUUCGAGACAAGCAUAUCCAGAUGGUUUCGAGGUACAUCAUCGUCAAAAGCCGAGAAUCUAGGAGCAUGUCGAGGUCACGCAGAGAGAGCAGUCCUGAGCCGAUCCCUCGAGGUGGAACGGGAAUUGCUUCGAUUCGAUAUGGCCGGCCUGAAGAAGCGGGAACCGCGCAGAAGAAGAAGAAGAUGCGUGGGACUGGUGGAACUGCAUUGAUCCCAUUCUUGAAACAAGCCAGGGACGAGACUGGUGAACCAGCAAUCGACGCAUGGGCCCGCAAACUCCUCAUGGGAGGUCGCCGCACCGAAGCCGACGCCGAAAUUGCGUUCGAGGAUAGGAUUACUCGAGCUGAAAAUCUGGAUGCAGAUGAACCGCAGAUUGUCGGCAUGGCCGGUGCUUGGGAUUUGGAAGACUCAGGUGGUGGUCUCUGCGCCUAUUGA